AUGAUUUCAGAAAUUAAAGAUGAUGAUAUACUCAAUGGUGACUUGUUAUGGCAGCAAAGUGAUCAGAAUUUGUUUCGCUGGUGUAGCUUUGAUGAUGAUUCAGGAGAAGAUGAACAGUUUCGUGGAGAAUACUUUGUGUUGAAGCAGAACUUGACACCAGAUCCAACGGUAGAAAACAUUUUCAAAAUGAGGUAUGCAUCCAAUAAGGAAUUUAAAGGACUGGAAGAUGAAGUAAGAGAAGAUGAUGGGUUUAAACUUUCUAGCAAGAUGCUGAAAGAGCUUAAAAGCACGAAUCCUGAUUCUAUGGAUAUGGAUAUUGAUGAUGAUUUGUUAAAUGAAAUGUUAAAAUAUACAGGUGCUAAUGAACCAUCAAAAACCAUAAAUGAAGAUGCAGCCAUCGAUAUCAGUGAUUCAUAUGAGCCCGUCUUGCAUGAAGUGGUGGUUUUCACUCGUGCUCAAUCAAUCGUUAUCAAUAAUGAAACUGAAUUUAAGUUCCCCAGUACAAUUAGAUCAGCGGCUGUUUUAAAAGGAUCAGUAAUAGAUGAUGGUAAGUCAACAGAUGAGGACACUUUGGUGAUAUCUUUGUAUUCGGGAUUUGCUCUCUUAGUAAGAUUAUAUGAGAUUAAAGGUAGCCUUCAACCGAAGAUAGUACAAUGGUGGAAAACUUCGACGAUGUCAACAGCUUCAACUUCUGUUCCAUCAUUGGAAGAAGUGGGGCUUAAAAUUAAUACCCAUAGUUCAGGAUCACUAAUUGCAUUGAAUGCUGCUAAGAAUUGCAUCAGAUUACACCCAUGCUCUCAAACUGCACAUGGAAUUCAACUACAAACGCCAAUUAAUGUUAAGUUUGAUGGAUACCUAGCACACAGUUGCUUUUUAAAACAAGACAAACAUGCUGAAGUUCCAUAUGCAAGGCUACUCACACUUCUGGUUACAUCUAAUAGAAGGUAUCUGAUAACUCUUUACGACAUUCGUCUUGAUAACCAUGAAAUUAAGGAGUAUUCUCCACAAGUUUUGACAAAUGAUUUUGAUAUUCCUGUGUUUGUGAUACCUUUUAAGGACUCGGCUUUGUUUGUGAUGCCAACUUCCAUCUAUCUUAUUAGUCCUAAUAAUAUCAUCAAUGCUGACUAUAAUCUGUUUUCGACAAAGUUUGAUAAAUCAUUCCCUGUGGGAUAUCACAAACCAGAAACAAAAAUAAAAUAUGAUGAUGAUGAAGUCUUAAUUAGCACAGAAGACGGUACAAUAUAUCUUGUUACAUUCCGAGAAAGUGUUCUACGUGUUGAACUUAUAUUGACAAUACCUAAGGUUUCAAACUUUACAUUAGAAAAGCAGGGUACAGGAUAUGAACUUUAUUAUACUUCCUCAUUUGCAAAAGGUGGUCAUUUUCAUUUACCAAGGCUACAUUUCGAUCCCCUUGAUAUAAAAGCUGGUCUUCAUCAAGGUGAAAAGAUUGAAAAUAUACUGAACUGGUCACCGUUACUCGAUCUAGAGAUAAUUAAGAACAAAUACAAAAAUGAAGAAGUUUGGUUGGCACAUGGUAAUUACAUCUCACAAUUAAAGAAGGGGUACUAUGCAACAAAAGAACUGCAAGAUACACAGUUGAAAAGGUCCUACAAAUUCUAUAUACACUCGUUUGAUGAGCAAUUAUACUUCAUUUUUGCAUUCUUGGAUAAGACUUUGGUAUUUAAAUAUGAAGAUGAACAAUUGAUUGAUGUUGAUGACAGUGGCUUGGAAGUUUUAAGCAGAACAAUUGCUGUUUCAAGCUUAGGAAGUAUAUGUUUUCAAGUUUUAAUUAAUGCUGUCGUUGUUUCAGAUUUUGCUUCAGACCUUACUAUACGGAAAGAUUUUGAACAGGAGAUCAUUCUCGCAGAUGCUUUUGCUUCUUAUGUUGCUGUUAUAACUGAAAAUCUCAAUACUAGUAUGAAUAUAUCUAGUAAUAUUGCACUUUAUAAGGUAUCUGGUGAUGUUUUAUUAGUUGGAGAAGAGUUUGAUCUUGGAAUAGAUCCAUGUUUUAUGAAGUUUAUUUCAUUAGAAUCUAGAUUAUUCUUAAUUGUUGGUGGUAGUCAAGUAUUAAGAGUCUUUGAAAUUAAUGGUGAUAAAAUGGAGCAAAGAUCGAAUAUCAGUAUUGGAAUCACUGAUCCACAUGAUGUUAUAUAUCUUGGUACUAGACUUGCAAUAAGUUCAAGGCUUGGUGAAGUUUUCAUUUAUAAUAUUUCUAUAGAUUCCCUACACCUCAAAGCAGACCAUCAGCUGGACUUUAAGGUUUGUCAUACUCCAGUUGACUUAAGUGCCACACAUGAUGGAAUUUUACUGGUCUCUAAAACUAUGUGGAAAUUAGAUAUUACAAACGAGUAUCCUUUGCCGGUUGUAUUUGAUGAGAAUAAAGAGAGGAAUAUAUUUCAAUGUACUGCUUUGAAUAAAACCACAUAUGCUGCAUUAAGGGAUGAUGGGUUUUGCUUAAUUGGAAUAAACAACACUCCACAAACUCUCUUGAAAAGCAUGAAACUUCCUAAAAUUCCUAGAAAAAUGAAAUAUAUUUCACAUUUGAGAGUCUUUGCGGUGAUUUCAGAGUCCUCUUUGUUUUUUAUGAGUAAAUCAAACAAGCUUAACACUAAAUUAUUUGGCAAGAAACAAUCAAAUGGUUUGUUUGUUGAUGAACAGCCUUUAUCAUUAUCAGAAUGGGUACUGCCUUUGGCUGAAAAAUCAUUUAGGAACCUUCUAGUGGGGUGCAAAACAGCCAACGGUGGCUCUAUUAAAGUUAUUCAACCAAAAUUUUCAAGUGAAGACCCAGAUACUAUUGAAGCUCAUGAGAUUUUUACAUAUAAUACACCGGGUCCUGUUUUAGCUUUCAAGCAACUAAAAGAUGACGUUGUUAUUUAUUCUAGUGGUUGUCAGCUUUUCAUCAGUCAGUAUGAUAUUGAAAAAAAGAAAAUGAUGGAUCCCAUUCAAGUUCACUCUUUCAGAUCUGUGAUUAUAGAUAUUGAUGUAAGAGAAAACUUGGCAUUAAUCUCCACAAGGGACUAUUCUUUUUCCAAAUUUGAGUACACAGAUGGAAUAUUGAGCUUGAAAGAAAGUGAUUAUUGUUCUAGAAAAGUCAUGAACAGUUUAACUUUGAGUGAAAGUGUUACAAUCUCCACAGAUAAGUUGUUUUGUACUAUAACGGGUGUCGAAAAUCAAGAAGAUAGAUUCAAAUCAUACGUGCCUUUUGUUCCAAGGGUCCAGAAAUGUGACUUAAAACCACUAUGGUAUAAAGAUAAGUCACAUAAAAGAUUUGUUGCAUAUGGUUUUGCAGGAGAAAUUCAACUUUAUACGUUGUUAAGUCGUGAAAUUGCAGAACCUUUAUUGAACUAUUAUAAACAUGCAGUCACCCCACAAGAAAUUUGCUCAAAGGGACUUUUUGACAUUGAUGAUUCCAUUUUUGUGAAAGAAAAAAACUUGAACGUCAUUGAUGCUGAUAGAUUACAUUCUGAUUUACCUAAAGAUCUUAAAGACUUGAUAAAUGCCAUUAGUUACUGA